AUGCCAUUCCUUCCUUUGGGGACUCGUAAGCUUACACUUGAAGAGGUACAUAUUGAUAAACGUUUGGAGUGUAAACAAGUCGUAGUUGAAACUCGUGACAAAUGCAAACUAGCUGGAAUUAUCGUUAAGGCUAAAAAUAAUGAUAAUAAGAUUAUAGAUGAUCGCGAACCAAUCAUAAUCUAUUUUCAAGGUAAUGCUGGAAAUAUGCUUUUCCGUAUACCAAUAUUUUCCCAAUUGAUAUUAUAUUCAACAAAUAUAGUAAAAAAGGUACAAAUAGUUGCAGUAGGUUAUAGAGGUUACUGGUUCUCAACAGGAUCACCUUCCGAAAAAGGACUUCAAAUUGAUGCCCUCGCAAUUUAUGAGUUUGUUCGUGCACUUUAUCCAAAGAAUCCGGUAUAUAUUUACGGACAUUCAUUAGGAGGAGCAGUUGCACUAUAUCUGGCAUCUAAUGUAAAGAUUCAGAAAGAAUUGAAAGGAAUUAUAAUUGAGAAUGCAUUUACAUCUAUUAAAGAUAUGGUCACCACAAUAUACCCACAGAAGUGGCUUCCCUAUAAAUAUUUAGUAAACAUUCCACUCUUAAAUCGCAAUAAGUGGGAUAAUUAUCGCAUGAUUCAAGGAAUCAAAAUACCUAUUUUGUUUUUGUCAUCGCGAAAUGAUGAGAUAGUACCACAAGAACAAAUGAUAGAAUUACAUAAGAUGGCUAAAAUAAGCAAAAAGAAGGUAUGGGUAGAAUUCAAGAACGCAUUACAUGAAGAUAUCUUUUCUCAUAAGGGAUUUGUCGAAGCAAUUAAG